AUGGCGCAGGUCGAUACACUCGAUAUCGUAGUGCUGGUGCUGCUCCUCGUGGGCAGCGUCGCCUACUUCACCAAAGGCACUUAUUGGGGAGUUCCCAAAGACCCGUAUGCCAAUUCCGCUAUGAACGGUAGUGCAGCGAAGAAGGGUUCCCGAAACAUACUCGAAAAACUGGACGAGACAGGCAAGAACUGUGUCAUCUUCUACGGUUCGCAGACUGGCACUGCCGAAGACUAUGCCUCAAGGCUGGCCAAAGAGGGCUCUUCUCGAUUCGGUCUCAAGACCAUGACUGCGGACCUCGAAGACUACGAUUUCGAGAAUCUUGACCAAUUCCCCGAUGAUAAGAUUGUCUUUUUCGUCAUGGCUACCUACGGCGAGGGUGAGCCGACCGAUAAUGCUGUCGAAUUCUGGGAGUUCGUAAACUCAGACCCUCCUUCGUUCUCCGAGUCUUCGGACGAGAAACCUUUGAGCAAGCUCAAGUACGUAGCUUUUGGCCUGGGCAACAACACCUACGAGCACUACAAUUCCAUGGUCCGGAACCUCGAUAAGAUCCUCACAAAUCUGGGCGCAAAAAGAAUUGGGACCGCGGGCGAAGGUGAUGACGGAGCCGGCACUAUGGAAGAAGAUUUCUUGUCCUGGAAGGAGCCUAUGUGGACUGCUCUGGCCGAGGAGAUGGGUCUGGAGGAGCGCGAAGCCGUGUACGAGCCAGUCUUCAGCGUCGACGAGAGGGAUGACUUAUCGCCCGACGACGAUACAGUCUAUCUUGGCGAACCCAACAAGAAUCAUCUCGAAGGCAACCAGAAGGGACCUUUCAACGCUCACAACCCCUACCUCGCACCCAUCGCCGAGUCUCGCGAAUUGUUUACAGUCAAGGAUAGGAACUGCCUUCACAUGGAAAUCGAUGUGUCCAAAUCCAACAUUCAGUACACCACCGGCGACCACAUUGCGAUCUGGCCCACCAAUGCGGGUAUGGAGGCUGACCGAUUCUUGAAGACGUUUGGUCUCGACGAGAAGCGUAAUCGUGUCAUUGCCAUGAAAGGCCUCGAUCCCACCGCCAAGGUCCCCUUCCCGACGCCCACGACCUACGAAGCUGCAGUUUGCUACCACAUGGAGAUCUGUGCACCCGUGUCCCGUCAAUUCAUUUCUACGCUGGCGGCGUUUGCGCCCAGUGAAGACGCCAAGAAGGAAUUCACGCGACUUGGUUCUGAUCCAGACUAUUUCAAGGAGAAAAUCGCCUCGCAUUACCUGAACAUUGCCCAGGCCUGCAACUCUGUGUCGUCGGAGCCAUGGUCGGCUGUUCCAUUCUCCUGCCUGGUCGAAGGUCUCACCAAGUUGCAGCCACGUUACUAUUCGAUCUCAUCCUCGUCCGCCGUUCAACCAAAGAAGAUAUCUAUCACUGCCGUUGUGGAGUCGAUCCGGAUUCCCGGUGCCGGCCACGUUGUCAAGGGUGUCACGACGAACUACCUCCUAGCACUGAAGCAGAAACAGAAUGGCGACCCUGAUCCAUCUCCUCAUGGCCUGUCUUAUGCCAUUAGCGGGCCUCGCAACAAGUACGAUGGUUUCCACGUUCCCGUCCAUGUCCGUCACUCCAACUUCAAGCUACCUUCGGAUCCUUCAAAGCCGAUUAUCAUGGUUGGUCCUGGUACGGGCGUUGCGCCCUUCCGCGGGUUCGUACAGGAGCGAGCGGAGCUUGCUAAGAAGGGUGAGAAUGUGGGACAUACUGUGCUAUUUUAUGGCUGCCGCAAACGAUCCGAAGAUUGGCUCUACAAGGAUGAGUGGGAUCAUUUCCAGGAGGCACUAGGCGAUAAGUUGACCAUUUUCAAUGCCUUUUCUCGUGAACAGGACAAGAAGGUUUACGUCCAGCACCUUCUCAAGGAAAACGGCAAACUUGUCAACGAAUUGUUGACCAAGAAGGCCAACUUUUACGUAUGUGGUGAUGCCGCCCACAUGGCGCGCGAGGUGAAUGAGGUUCUUGGGCAGAUCAUCUCUCAAGAACGCGGCGUCGAUGAGAAGAAGGCGGAGCAGACAGUGAAGAGCAUGCGGAGCAGUGGCGUCUAUCAAGAAGAUGUGUGGUCAUGA